UGAGAAGACAAUUCCUGGACUAUUUGCGUUUGCGGUUCGCUAAGAUGAGCAACUUUGCGCAUUUUAAACAUAACCUCAAAUUCCAAAAGGGAACUUUAUUUUUAUCAAAAUAUUUUUGCUUACCUUAGGAAAAUCCGCAUUGAUUUUAUCACUGUAAUAACUGCACAUAUCGACACACUUUGGGCAAUUAAAACGGGCACGCAUUUUCUCAACUUGCAGAAAGCCUAACCUUCCGACUAGUGUCCGACUGCUUCCGAUUUUGAAGCUUUGCGACUGUGCUGGUGACUGAUCAGUCUUGUUCUUGUAUAUAAUGGGUAGCCAGGAUAUAGAAUUUAAUGCCGGCUAUGAAGUCUGUAAGGGCUACAAAGGACUUCAUGUAUUACAGUCGCAUCAUCAAGUUAGAGAACUACAAACAAUACUACGUGACAAGAAUACCUCAAGAAGUGACUUCAAAUUUUAUGCAGAUAGACUGAUUCGUUUGGUGAUUGAAGACAGCUUAAACCAACUCCCAUUUACUGAUUGUAGUGUUGUGACACCAACUGGUGCCACUUAUGAUGGAUUAAAGUAUAAAUCUGGUAAUUGUGGGGUCUCAAUAGUUAGAUCUGGUGAAUCUAUGGAGCAAGGACUCAGGGAUUGUUGUCGUAGCAUAAGAAUAGGGAAAAUACUGGUAGAAUCUGAUGCUGAUACUCAUGAAGCUAAAGUUGUGUAUGCUAGAUUUCCUGAAGAUAUAGCUAAUAGACAUGUGCUUCUCAUGUAUCCUAUAAUGUCAACUGGUAACACUGUCAGCAAAGCAGUAAAUGUACUGCUAGAGCAUGGAGUAAAAGAAGAAUGUAUAAUUUUGAGUAACUUAUUUUGUACACCACAGGCUGUUCAAACUGUGCUUGAUGUUUAUCCUAAGAUGAAAAUAUUGACCUCAGAAGUCCAUCCUGUUGCACCAAACCAUUUUGGGCAAAGAUAUUUUGGUACAGACUAAGACUGAAUUUGAUUAUUUUUUAAACCAACCAACACUUAGUUAUAAGCUGUAUUAUGUAAUAGAUGUUAUUCUCUAUAUGGUAUUUUGUUGUAUGUAUAUUUAUUAGAAAAAUAUAUUCAAAUAUUCAUAAUUUAAUUAUUUUACAGUGAAUGAAAAUAUAUAACUGCAUAUUCAUAAAUGUUUAAGGCACUGAGACUGCAACUAGCAGCAGAGUCGCGAACUAGUUAGAAAAUCUGACACUGAAAUAUUCACAUAAUUUAAAAACAAUGUAAAACA